UCAAAAACACCUCCCCUCCUCCACCUCCACCUCCACCUCCUCCACACCUUAUCAUCGUUCUACAUCGUCAUCAUUUUCGGUCUUUAUCAUUUUUAUUAUAAUUAUCAUAUCUUUGUAAAUAUGUCGGUGCUUCACAAAGAUCGACUCAACCAACUAAAGGACAUAUUCUCACGCUUCGACAUGGACUCCGAUGGCAGUCUGACCCACCUGGAGCUGGCGGCGCUCCUCCGGGCACUAGGAAUCAGCCCCUCCGGCGACCAAAUCCAUGUUUUGCUAGCCAACAUGGACGCAAACGGCAAUGGGGUUGUGGAAUUUGAUGAACUGGCCAGUGCCAUAAUGCCUGACCUUAACCAAGACAUAUUGGUUGAUCAAGAACAGCUUUUGGAGGUCUUCCGAUCCUUUGACCGCGACGGCAACGGCUACAUCACGUUGGCCGAGCUCGCCGGAUCAAUGGCCAAGAUGGGUCAGCCGUUAACGUAUCGCGAACUCACCGAGAUGAUCAGAGAAGCGGAUACGGAUGGUGAUGGGGUCAUUAGUUUCCAUGAAUUUGCUUCCAUCAUGGCCAGAUCGGCCUCCGACUUUCUCGGCCUCUCGGUAUGGAAAAAGAGAGAUGAUACCAUUUGAACUAUUACAUCAGUAUCGUGGUAAAACGUAGUGUUGGGUGUAAUGGUAACAGAAUUGACAAGCGCCGCAGUGAACUUUUUAAUCACUAGCCCACUGUUUUUAGUUUAUUUGAUUAACUUGUUUUCCAAGCCUUAAUAAGGUUUUGUUUGCUUCUAGGCAUUCAAUUAAUGUAUAUAAAAUUGAAGGACUGUCACUUCCUCUCUGAAUA